AUUUUUAUUAUAGUCUGUGAAAAGUGGUCAAAGUGGUUGAUUGUUCGUUGAAUUUUGGUCGCUGCCGUGCGUUAACGUGAAAUAAACACAGUCGCUUGAAUUGGGCCAUGGCGAACGAAAUAGUGUGCUUAGUUAAAAAACACAAUAGUUUAUAGACCUUGUUUAAUUUUCGUGAACGAAAGUCACCAUGGAAAUUGUCGACGUUGAAGAAUGCCAGCCCGACCCUACAGCGGUCACAAGAAAGAAAAGUUUAUGGGCUAAAAUUAACAAUAGGACAACGUACAGUUAUUUAUUUAACAUCGUAGUAUCAAUACUGUUGCUCACAUGCCUGGUUCUGGUGCUUUAUUUUUUCAAGGAGUAUCUAAAGACGAUUUUAUACUGGGUGGACGCUCAGGAUCCGUGGAUAAUAUUUUUGUUAUUUAUGGGUUUAUUUUUGAUCGUCAGUUUUCCUGUGACGAUAGGAUAUUUAGUGUUGAUAAUAACUAGUGGAUAUUUGUUCGGGAUCGUUCAGGGUUUAGUAACUGUUUUGGUGAGUGCGAACUUUGGCGUGGCAGUGGCUCACUUUACCCUGAAAGCGUUGCGGAACUACCUGCCCCUGGACCGGCUGCUCAAGAACGAGACGGCGCGAGCCCUGCUGAAGGUGAUUUCGGGACCGCAAGCCUUCAAAAUUGUAUUUUUCGCGAGACUGACGCCAAUACCUUUUGGAUUGCAGAACACAAUAUUUGCUGUAAGUGACGUGGGUGGUUGUGGGUACCACCUAGCGACGAUGCUGGGCCUAUUGCCGGCGCAGGUGAUCAACGUGUACCUCGGCUCCACGCUGCGGUCUAUGCACGAUGUGCUGCACGAGUCACACCUCACUGGAUACAUCGUGUUUGCAUUUCAGAUCCUGAUCGGCAUAACAUUGAUGGUGUGGGUGGUGCAGAAGGCGCGCAAAGAGCUGACGAUAGCCAUCAUGGCGGCGGAGCUCGGCCGGGAGACGAUAUCCACGUCCAGCAGCUCCUCGAUCAGCUAGCCAACACCCAGGGCUUCCACAGACGUGGACAGCGUCUCCGAGGAACCGUCGAGCUAGGGCUGGCCCUACGCCUGCUUCCGACACACGUUCGAAGCCCGCGAUGAAGAAACUUACGUAUGAAAUAAAGGGUUCGUUACAACCCUGUGAUAUUAUAUUAUAAUCGCCAUGUUACCUCCAAGAGGAUUAGUUUAAACGGACAUGUGGGGACUCUGAAGGUUAUCGUUAAUAUUUGUGAGACUUUCCUUGUAUUAUAUUGUUUAUCGACAUAGGUGAGUAUUAGAUUAUGUAUAUGUGAUGUGUACUAAUGAAUCUCGCUCAGUAACUGACUGACGUUUAUGGAUACUUAGUUUGACGUUUGACAGGACGACCCGUGCCUCAAGACAAGGUUCAUUGCCAAGUAUUGUGAGUCGCGUUAAAAAGAUUUGCGUGCGAAAUUAAUACGCGAUUGUUUCCAUGAAGUUUACGAUUGUAUUCGGAUAUUUUCGCAGGCAUUCGUCACAGAAGUUGUAUUGUUAGAAAUACCGUGAAAUAAAUUUUAGUUUAAUGCCUUUUAUGUCACAUGAGACUUUUGGCGAAAAAGAAAAGAUUGGGAUAUGUCGUUGGUUAAUAUCGGGUAUUGAUCAUUAUCCACAUUUGUCUGGAUAUAGGACAUAACGCACGAAACAUCUGAAAACUACGCGAGGCUUGAUAGGUUAUAGUAAUAUUUGUUAUAACUAAAUAAAAUCUAGAUGAUUGACGAUAUCUGAUGGCAGCUAAAAUAUUUUAAUUUAUUGAAUUCUUAUCGCAAAACUUUUUUGUAUUUAUAAUAACAACCUAUUCACGGGUACAAUCACUGUCAAACGUGUUAAGGAUAAUUGUUAAAAUAAAUCAGUGUGCAAACAAAACUCAUACAAAUACCUGCUCAAAUAGCAAACCACAAAUUGAUAUACAAUCGUAACACGUAUAGAGUAUAAUUGACAAUUAUUUAUUAUGAAACCAUUUUGCACGAAUAUUAUCAACUGAUAAUUCAAACACGUUGGAGGUCGGGACAAGGUCUGUUUUAUUACGGAACCAAAUAGCUUAAGUGAGUUGCACAUGUAAUUAUGUACUCUAUGGUGUAUAUAUAGAGUCCACUUUAACGUAAAACGCUAGCUAAACAGAUAAAUGGAGAUAACUCAUUUCAUGAAAACCCCGGGACGUAAUAAACGGCCAUUUUUAGUACAUUAUUGACAUUAUGUCAAUAACAUUCCUCUAGUGGAGUUUAUUCAAGUUUAAACGUUUGUGUGAUAGGAAUUUGGUAUCUCCGUUUUUCUCUUCUGAUAUACAAUAGAGUAAGGAAAACCAAAAUAUUGUAUGAAAUGUACAUAGUCGGUAGAUUUUCCAGUUGGGUACCAGACGAUUUAUUUUUCAACGGUUUUUUCAGCAAAUAAAAUACUUUUCGGAAUUUAUAUUCGUAGUGUUUAGUAUUAAUGUUGUUGCCAAAUUUUAUCGCAGGUAAAAGAGUUUAGUCGUUUUAUUAUGUGUUUAUAUUAUACCGUUUUAGUUCGUUUUUAAUUAUUAUAGAGUUAUUAAUAUUAGCAAUAUGAUGUGAUGAUUCUGGGCACAAUAUAUUACAGUCACAGUAAAAUUCCUUUAUAAAUAUUUCAGUACAAUUCAGAGUGCUAAUAUAUUAUACAGUUAGAAACGAUUAUAGCUUUCUAAAAUUCUAACAGUUGUUUUUGAAAAAAACACAAUUUUAGAAUAAAAAACGCAGUGUCACAAUUAACUAGUUUUAACUUUUAAUUUAACAAGGAAAAAUGCAUUUACACACGUAUGUACGUAUACCUAGCGUUAUUUUUACCCAUCUGUUUCGUGGAUCUAAUAGCGUGACUUGCGUGCUCCCUCUAGUGUAUUCUAACAUAACAAUUUGCAUUAUUCCACUUAAUAAUAUUCGUUUAAACUGUACACUUAUAAAAUUAAUAGCCAUUUCUAUUUUUGGUUAUUAGGUACACAUUUGUGAAUAGUUUCCAUUUUUAUUUAAAUGAAAUAUCGCUAUAUUACACUGCCAUUUAUUUUUCGGUACAUGUUAAUUAGAAAUUAUACCUAAAUCGAAACUCUUUUGCCUGCGACUGUACGCAUUCUUUUGAUGCCAAUACAAUUUUAUUGUAUUACUAAAAGUAUUUGGCAUUUAUUCUUAUGAAAUCGAGACUAAGUAUCGUCGCGAACAGCGAAAGUAUUAGUUGUACCUAAUAAUUGUUAUGAACAUGUGGUACAUCGGUAGUGUGAUUUUGACUUUAAAUAAAUAAUUAAUUAUUGUUUCCCUAAAUAUUUUGUAACCACCAUCGAUGGUUUAACCAAUUAAUCAUUUUUCCUUAUUCGUGUUGCUUUUUGAUUAAAUAAUAAUUUAUCAUUACGUGCAAUAUUUUAAUGAGAUUCUUUCUGAUCUCAAUUUUGGUGUUGAUUGAAAAUAAUAUUUUUUCUUCUGUUUUUUUUUUUUUAAUUAUGGUUACAUAACGUUUUGUGAUAAUUUGUGUUCACUAUUUCUUUUUAACUAAAUUCUUGUUUAUCAUGAUAAAACAAUUAGCAUUUCUUUUCACAAACAUAUUUUACUGUAAUAGAUACCUAUUUAUUUAAUACAAGAAACCAUUAAAAAUUUAUUCUUCCUAUAAAACCUAAAGACUGAUUUUUGUUUGAAUUAAUUUCCUAUGCAUUGAAUAAAUUUUUAGGCUUCUUACCUUAAAAUCUUAAAAUAUGUUCUUAAUUAUGAAUGUAAUCAGUUCUUUAUUUAUUUUUUGGCGAUAUGAAAUUAAUAUUUUAUUGAAGAAAGAUUAAUAUAAAUUUGUAAUUUUAAUUUGUAAAUUGUAACAGUCUGUGUAUCAGUCAUAUUUAUUAUUUAUUUAUACAAUCAUCUAAUGUGUGGACAUUAACAAAAAAAUAUGUUUCUUAUAUAAACUAAUAGCUUAAUUUUUUAUUUUAUAAAUUUGUAACAUCGAACAGUGCCAUUUAUUUAUUUUAUAAUAUUAAAAUAAAUUAUCUAUAUUUUAAUGUCUGAGCCAUGGAUACAGUGAAAUGAUUGAGCAUUACUUACGACUCAUAAAAUUUCGAAAGUUAAGUCUCACUCGCGCCAUCUUUUACUAACUAACAAAUGUUGCCAGCGCAAUCUAUUUUAUUUGUUUGUGUGGAAUAAUUAAACGUGUUUCUCGAUCAUUUUCUAUAUCUGUGGUCGCCUGCUCUGAAUGGAUUUGGAAAAUUAAUAAUUAUAAUUAUCUAAUUCGUGUGAAGAUUAUAAUCUAAUUACAAAACGUUCGAAUUGUGUGCAAUCAAUCUGUGCAAUAGAUUUUUAUAAAUCUAUGUUUGUAACAGUUUUUUUUUUCUAUUUCUGUGCAAUUGUGUUGCGGAUCAACCUACUCUAAUUUAUACAAAACUAGACUGUGGGCCUCUUCUACGUAAGAGCUUUAACCAUAAUCUUCGUAUUUGGGAGAUGCGGGUUUAUCAGAUAGAGUUACCAGUCGUGAGGCUCAUUGCCAGUCGGGCUACAAAACCCGUGGGAAGAGUAGGUUGAUGUGCUGGUCACCAAACACUUUCAAGGCCCAAACCAUUGCCUGAUAUUGCUCAUGGAAAUAUUUGUACAUUGUACAACCACUAAAAGUCGGCUAAAGUAUUGAACAAAAUCUACGUUUACUUUUAUAAAAAAUCUGAUUUGUAAAAAUAAUUCUAUGUUUUGUAUAAAUUGCUAUGAUUCAACAUCGUUUGUUAGUAUGACCUGUGCCAAAUUAUUUUUAAAAUUAAUUUUGGCUAAUUGUUGUAAUUUCUCUUGUUGUAGUUACUUGUGUGUUAGCCAAAAUAUUUCGUGGAUUCCACUAAAUAAUUUUCUCUGGUUAAAUAUUGUUGAUCAUUUACUGUUUCAAAUAAUCCCUUCGUAUUUCCAUUAUCUAUUAGCUAAAAAUUUUUGUCUUGUUAAAUGUAUCCUAGAAAGUUUCGAGUAUGGUAACAUUGAAAUCAACUGUCAUAAAUAGUUGUAUGUAAAAUGUAACGAUUUCGAUGUAACCAUAAUAUUGUAGACUUCUUCAAAUACAUUUUAUACUUUACUAAACUGUUUUUAAACGUGAUGCUUAAGUAACCAUACCUAUGCUCAGAAACUUGGAGUUAUUUCACUAUUUUUAUAAUGAAAAAACUUAAUAUUAUAGUCUAAAAAAUAAUGCAUUUAUUGUUAACGAAUUUAUUUUGUGUUAUUUUUAUUAAUAAAUCCCACUGUUAUUAUUUUUAAUACUUGUUGUAAAGUACGUAGCGAUUCACUUCGAUAUUGUACAAUAUGAAAAAUGGUAAAAGGAGCCUUAUACUAGAUGUAAUAAAACAUUCUCUAUUA